AUGGAACACCCGGAAAAUGACUUGGGACACACCUCGAGCACCAGCUUAUCGAAUUGGAGUAGGCGGCGCCCCUGCGACCUUGAGUCUCCGGGCGUGGGUUUGGCAUAUAUAGUGCAGGGGCGUCGGGGCAGAGGCAGGCAGGCAGCAGUCGAGGACGAAAGUAGCAAUAUGAGAGUCUUGGUGCUUUUGGCUUUUGUGUUGGGGUGCAACGCGAAUCUGGUGUUGCUGCCGUACCCGGUGGCGCAGCAGUACCGCUCGCAGGGCCUGUUCGGACAGACCUCCUUCGGCCACUUCAGCUUCGACCAGAACCAGCAGCAGACCCGUCUCCCCGAUGGCACCGUCGUCGGAUAUUACUCCUACAUCGGCGCCGACGGCAAGCCCGCCGUCACCAUCUACGAGGCCGGCCGACAGGGCUUCCAAGUAAAGGGCUCCAACAUCCUGCCAGAAGCACCCGAGGCCCCCGCCCCCCCUGAGCUGAAAGCACCCGAGCCGGUGAGGGAGACGCCCGAGGUGGUCAAGGCGCGCGCCGAUUUCCAGCAGAAGUUCGACGAAGCCAUCAGCACCCGGAAGCGCCGCUCGGUGCAGAUCCCCUUGCCGUACUUCCACCCGGUCCCCACCGUAGCCAAGUCUCCGCACGUACCUGGGGUCAGCAACCUAUCGGGCAGCGUCUCCAUCGGCCCGGGGCAUCCUCUCGCCCCGCGCCCCUCGCUUGCUCUCGUCUGUAGGAGGGAUGUGCAGCAUAAUCAGGUAUUCUGGAGCAACACUGAAAAUAAGAUCCUCCAUAGUGGCAACACUGCAAUGCCCGGAACUAUUAACGUAAACUUAACAAAAAUUAGCGACCCCAUUUUUCAUAAAAUAGGACACCUGAGCUAG